UCGAUGUUGGAGGGAAGCAGCCACUAGGGUCUGCCGUGGCACGGACACCGGCGCGCACACUGGAUGAGGCGGUCCGUAGCUCGACUGGCCGCGCAGGGCUGGAGCCAUAACCAGGGACUUUGGGGAGGGGGUUUGUCCGCCGUGGAGCCCAUCCCCACCGCGCCGAGACAUGCUCCAUCCCUUGCGCGCUCACCAGGACACACACACGCACGCACGCACACCGGAAAACAGCGCCGUGUUUACCGUUGAGGCAGCGAGACAUGACGGCGAGGAGAGACGCUUCGCAGCCGCUGAGCAGCUCUCGUCUCCCGGAGAGGAAGGGAGCGGCGGCGGCUCCAGCCGCGGCGGACCGAGCUUCUAACCCCGAAUGGUUUUCUCCUUCCUCCCCCCGACAGGAGCCGGAGAAAGGGCCGGCGUCCGCGGCUGGUAUCCACGCGCAUGUGGUCGGCGCCGUGUCCGGCUCCGGGGCUGCGGACGAGUCCUCCGACAGCGAGGCGGAGCAGGAGGGCCCCCAGAAACUCAUCCGCAAAGUGUCCACCUCAGGGCAGAUCCGGAGCAAGACGAGCAUCAAGGAAGGUCUGCUGCUGAAACAAACCAGCUCCUUCCAGAGGUGGAAAAAACGCUACUUCAAACUCAGAGGCCGGACUCUUUACUACGCCAAAGAUGCCAAGUCGGGCAGUGCGUUGGCGCGCUGGCAGGAGCGAGCUCUGCGCCGGGUGUCCAGGAGUCGCGUUUGCUGGCGAGUGCUGUCGGUGUGCUGGACGGGUGCUCGGCGCUCCCCUCCACCUCUGGGUGCCAGCGGGUCUGAGGAGGGACUAGUGAGGAUCCGGUCCCUUAUCUUCGAUGAAGUCGACCUGUCGGAUGCCAGCGUUGCAGAAUCCAGCACAAAGAAUGUCAACAACAGCUUCACAGUCAUCACUCCGUUCCGUAGGCUCAUCCUCUGCGCCGAGAACAGGAAAGAGAUGGAGGACUGGAUCAGUUCGCUGAAGUCCGUCCAGUCCAGAGAGCACUACGAGACGGCACAGUUUAAUGUGGAACAUUUCUCAGGGAUGCACAACUGGUACGCCUGCUCCCAUGCACGGCCCACCUUCUGCAACGUCUGUAAAGAUAGCUUAUCCGGGGUCACGUCUCACGGCCUUUCCUGCGAAGUGUGUAAAUUCAAAGCCCACAAACGCUGCGCUGUCAGAGCCACCAACAACUGCAAAUGGACGACUCUGGCCUCCAUCGGGAAGGACAUCAUGGAGGACGAGGACGGGGUCGCCAUGCCUCAUCAGUGGUUAGAAGGAAACCUGCCGGUCAGUGCCAAAUGUGCCGUCUGUGAUAAAACCUGCGGCAGCGUGUUGAGGCUGCAGGACUGGCGCUGCCUCUGGUGCAAAGCCAUGGUGCACACAGCCUGUAUGGAUCUUUAUCCUCGUAAGUGUCCUCUGGGUCAAUGCAAAGUCUCCAUCAUCCCCCCGACAGCACUGAACAGCAUCGACUCUGACGGCUUCUGGAAGGCCACCUGUCCUCCGUCAUGUGCCAGCCCUCUCCUGGUCUUCGUCAACUCCAAGAGCGGCGACAACCAGGGCGUGAAGUUCCUGCGACGCUUCAAGCAGCUCCUGAACCCGGCGCAAGUCUUCGACCUGGUCAACGGCGGUCCACACCUCGGUCUGCGUCUGUUUCAGAAGUUCGAUAAUUUCCGGAUCCUGGUGUGUGGCGGUGACGGCAGCGUUGGAUGGGUUCUAUCAGAGAUCGACAAACUCAAUCUACACAAACAGUGCCAGCUCGGCGUGCUACCACUGGGCACUGGAAACGAUCUAGCCCGGGUUCUGGGUUGGGGUCCAUCCUGCGAUGACGACACUCAGCUGCCUCAGAUCCUGGAGAAGCUGGAGCGAGCCAGCACCAAGAUGUUGGACCGCUGGAGCAUCAUGACCUACGAGAUCAAGAUCCCACCCAAACACAGCUGCCCGACCACACCCGAGGGAGCCGACGACUGCCAGUUUCAUAUUUCAGCCUAUGAGGACUCGGUUGCUGCUCACCUCACAAAGAUCCUGAACUCGGAGCAGCACUCUGUGGUCAUCUCCUCUGCCAAGAUCCUGUGUGAAACGGUGAAGGAUUUUGUUGCCAAAGUGGGGAAAGCGUACGAAAAAAGCACAGAGAACGCCGAGGAGUGCGACACCAUGUCUCUCAAAUGUGCCAUCCUGAACGAGAAGCUGGACUCCCUCCUGCAGACGCUGAACAGCGAGUGCCAGACUCUGCCGCCGCUGCCUCACCCGACGCCUCCCAUCGUGGAGGAGGAGCAGGAGGAGGAGGAAGAGGAGGAGGAGGAGGCCAGCGAGGAGAGUCUGACGGAGCUGAAGGAGAAGCUGGAGGAGGAGGAGACGGAGAAACGAGGAGGAGGAGGAGGUUCGCCUCAUCAGCUGUUCAAGAGCCGCGAGCAGCUGAUGCUGAGAGCGAACAGUCUGAAGAAAGCAGUCCGACAGAUCAUAGAGCAGGCGGUCAGAGUGGUGGAUGAGCAGAACGCCCACACUGAAGACACCGAGCUUCCAUCGCCGCUGGAGUUCAGGAAGGACAGCGAGGAGGAAAACCGAGACAGCGAGAAGGACGAAGACACCAAGGAGCUGGAGGCAGUUUCCUCUGCUAAGAGUCCGUGUUCUCCGACUGAGAGGAGGGUGAGUCGCAGCACUCAGUCCUACGGUUCCUUCACUAUCACGCCGUUCACCACCAGCAAGGAGAACCUGCCGGUGCUCAACACUCGCAUCAUCUGCCCCGGUUUGCGAGCAGGUUUGGCUGCUUCCAUCGCCGGCAGCUCCAUCAUUAGCAAGAUGCUGCUGGCCAACAUCGACCCGUUCGGCGCCACUCCCUUCAUCGACCCCGACCUCGACUCGCUAGAGGGCUACAUGGAGAAGUGUGUCAUGAACAACUACUUUGGCAUCGGCCUGGAUGCAAAGAUCUCGCUGGAGUUCAACAACAAGCGAGAGGAACAUCCAGAGAAAUGCAGGAGUCGCACCAAAAACAUGAUGUGGUACGGAGUUCUGGGCACAAAGGAGCUUCUGCAACGGACCUACAAGAACCUGGAGCAGAAAGUCCAGCUGGAGUGUGACGGUCAGUACAUCCCACUGCCCAGCCUUCAGGGCAUCGCCGUGUUAAACAUUCCCAGCUAUGCAGGAGGGACCAACUUCUGGGGCGGCACCAAGGAGGAUGAUAUCUUCUGUGCGCCGUCGUUCGAUGAUAAGAUCCUGGAGGUGGUCGCUGUGUUUGGCAGCAUGCAGAUGGCUGUUUCCAGAGUCAUCAAGCUGCAGCAUCAUCGCAUCGCACAGUGUCGGACGGUGAAGAUCACCAUCCUGGGGGACGAAGGCGUUCCCAUCCAGGUGGACGGAGAAGCCUGGAUCCAGCCGCCGGGAGUCAUCAAGAUCCAGCACAAGAACCGAGCGCAGAUGCUGACCAGAGACCGGGCGUUUGAGAACACACUGAAAUCGUGGGAGGACAAGCUGAAGUACGAUAAGCCUCCUCUGCGUCCUCAUCUGUACCCUCAGCAGUCUGUGGAUCUGGCCACAGAAGAGGAAGCGUCGCUGGUGCAGAUGUGUGCCAGAGCUGCCGAGGAGCUCAUCACCAGGAUCUGUGAGGCUGCGAAGACCAAUGGGCUUCUGGAGCAGGAACUGGCUCACGCCGUCAACGCUGCGUCUCACGCCAUCAACAAAACGCACCCCAAGUUCCCAGAGAGUCUGACCAGGAACACAGCGAUCGAGGUGGCCAGUACCGUCAAGGCUCUGUACAACGAGACCGAGUCGCUGCUGCUGGGCCGAGUCUCUCUGCAACUGGACCCCCCAGAGGAGGAGCAGCUGUCCAGUGCUCUGCAGAGUGUGGAGCUGGAACUGGGCAAACUGGGAGAAAUCCCCUGGUUGUACCACAUACUGCAGCCCAAUGAUGAGGAGGUUGACUGUGCUUAUGUACCAGGACCACACUCUGGGUUACGGCAAGAGAAACAGUCGCAGCAGCAUGUUUCGCAUAGUGCCCAAGUUCAAGAAGGAGAAGGCUGCCAAGAAGACAAGUCCUCAGUCAGUGGAGAGGUGGGGCACAGAGGAGGUGGGCGUCUGGCUGGAGCAGCUGAGUCUCGGGGAGUACAGGGACACCUUCAUCCGACACGACAUCCGAGGCUCGGAGCUGCUGCACCUGGAGAGGAGGGACCUGAAGGAUCUGGGGAUAUCGAAAGUGGGUCAUAUGAAGAGAAUUCUCCAGGGAACUAAGGACUUGGCAAAGGCCUCCAUGGUUGACCUCUAACCCAGGAGCAAAAAAAAAGCUUCCGGAGAGGGGAAACAAACACUCCCCUUUACAUGAGUGGAAGCAUUUGGGAGCACCGCAGGCAUUGAAGGAUGAAGAUAGGUAUUUGAGAAGAGCCGGAUUUGAUCAUCCCUCUGCUGAGAAAAGCCUCUGUGAUGUUGUAAACAAGAUGCAUUUGUGUGUUUGUUUGUGCUUUGUUGCCAAAAAGACGGUCAAGAAAGCUGACGGAAGUGGAUUAAAAAAGACGAAAAGAAAAGCCAUUUCUGAUUUAAUAACCAUUCAUAGCACAUAAUCAGGUAUGCAAAUAACCACACUGUUGACAGCUGACUGAUAUCAACAAACUAGUAGCAAAACUUUAAGACUUCCAUGAGUGUGAGGUUCAGUUUUGGUUCAGCUGCAGAUGCAUUAAAGCAGGAUUUCAGUAGAGACGGAGAAGAUCGCCGCCGAGGUGAUGAUCUGGAAGCUGUGGAUACUGUCGCAUGCUAUGCUUGCUCAACUUUAGAUAUGUUUAAUUGCAUGAUUAGUGUCUUGAUUAAUUUGUGUCCAGAAUAACACUUGAACAAGUUUUACAUGACUUAAGUAUUACGAUGCCAUUUGUUACUACUGAUCGCAUCCUUUUUUUGGUCUACAAAUUUUUUUUCUAGCUUUAAUUUAUUUCGUUUGCAUGAUAAUGAGGUGUCAAAGAUUUCUGUCAAGUGCCAUAUUUUUGUUCAUUUAGUGUAAAACGUGCUUUAUUGGUAGAAAAAACAAAAGCCGUCGAUGAGGUAUGUGGAAUGAAUAUCCGUAAGUGGACAUGUUCUCUGUGGAUGUGAAAUCAGUACCAAAGUGAAUGUCUAAGAAAGCAUCCGAUGACUUUUUAUUUAAUAGGCCAGCAGGUCUUAGGUCUUAAUUCCAUUUAAGGUGGGAAAAAGUUUUAGUAUUAGUCAGGAAGAAAGAUGCCAACCACAUAUACUAUAGGGUUGUUGGGUUCUUUUUUUAAGGAAUACUUAAAAGGCACUUUUUACUUCUUGCUUUACGCAAGUGCAAAUCCUCAUAUCAUUACAUAGGAUUCACCUCAACUUUUUAACUUUUUGGCAACUUAAGGCAGUAUUUAACACUAAUGAGAAUAGUUUGGAAUAGAGCAGUUGAUCUGCAGCCUGCAUAGCAUCGCUCAAGUGCAGCUUUUUUUCCUUCAAAUUGCGAGUGAGACGCUGAUAGGACACUUCUUUUAGUUUCUUUUAAGACUGGUGGCAUUACAGGGUGUAUUUCUAUAUGUGAUGCUAAGUUUGUAUAUAUAUAAAUACAUAUGCACUGUAUAUACAGUAUACCAGUGUAUGCAAACAAUGUUUGUAAGUGUUGUAGUCUAACGCGUUUGUAGAUUGCUGACAUGGCAUGCUUUGUCAACAGCCCACACGUUUGAUUGUGUAUAUUACACCAUAACAGUUGUGUAUUGUUGAUUUGGUUCUAAUCUCUUGUACAUGAUGAUGCUGUCGUAUUCUAAUGAUGGUGCAAUAUUUGAUCUCUUGUUUUGAUACUGUCUCCGAAGCUUUCUGACAUGAUGUUUCUCAGUGGGGGGGGAGAAAGAGUGUUUUUUUCUACAUGUUCUCCUCUUCGACGUUUGAGGAUUUUAAAAAGUUAGACCCAUAGACAGAUUUUUCUUACCGACUCCAAAUUUCUUCCAGCGGUUCACUAGUUUGUAGUUUUUGCUCCUCUGUGCUUCCAGGACGAGACACUAAAGUAGGAUUGUGUCAGCGAGUGUGUAGAAUGGGCAGACAUGACUGUUGUUGUGUUGAUUUGUAUCACGGUGUGUUUGUGUGCGUUUGAGUGUGUGUAGUAUGACAGUGGCACAUUGUACCUGAUCAGCAAACUGUAUGCUUUUCAUUGCCAACUAAUUUUCCUGUGCUUUUCAGUGUUCUCCCUUUAAUUAUGUUAAAAGUGUUUUCUUUUAACGGAGUGUUUUGUGCUACAGUUCAACGCGGCGCACAACUUUUCACCAGGAAUUAUUAAAGUCUCCCAAGUAGAAACAGAAUGUGAAUGAAUCAGGGCCUCGGCUGCAGCUGAAUAUUCUUUCUAAUUAGGAACCCAGCAAACCGUAACAUUCAGGGAACGUUCCUCAAAGGUUUGCUCAAGGUUUCCUGAUGGUCAGUGUUCAGGGAACUUUCAGGAACCGUUUUCUGAACACUCCAUGGAGGUUCCCUGACAAAAAUCAUUCAUCGAACAUUCCCCCAACUUUCCAAGAGGUUCCCUAAUGGUCACUGAUUAUUGAAACUUCAGGGAACAUUUCCUGAAUGCUGGCUGAAGGUUCUCUGAAGGGUUAUGUUUGGGAACCUUCAGAGAAUGUCCCCUUCACAUUUCAUGAGAGUUCCCUGAUGGUUACUAUUCAUUGAAAUACACACAACGUUUCCUGAGCAUUCUAUGAAGGCUCAGAAAAUGUCCAGAAAAUGUCCCUUUAACAUUCUCUGAAGGAUCCCUGACAGCUGCUGGUCAUUAAACUUUCAGAGAACAUCUGAUCGCUCAUUGAACUUUCCGUUCUGUUCACUGAACCCUAAGAGAACAUCCAGGGAAUGUUACCGGAACAUUCCUUAAAGAUUUCCUGAGGGGAACUGUUUAGGAACCUUCAGGGAACCUUUAGGGAGCAUCCAUGAAACGUUCCGAGAACAGUCCAUGACAUUUUCCUGAUGUUUAUUGUUCAUUGACUGUUCAGAGUACAUUCAGGGAACAUUUUAUUGAGAUUCCCUGAAGGUUACUGUUUGCUGUGAAGGUUCAUAGCUGAUUGAAAUGAUCUGGACAUGUCUCAGAGGAACCUAGGGCUGAACAUUUUUGAGCUGCAGCAAUUUAGUAUUAAGUUAACUGACACUGCCUUGAUAAUUACUUUGAGAAUUUUUGUAAAAUUCUCAAAAGUUUAAGAAAUUUUUUUUCUUCAGUUAAAAAACAGACCAAACUGUCAAUUAUGACAGCAUAAAAAAUUUGUAUUUUCACAAAUUGUAAUUUGCUCUUUUGCAACAUUUGACCAUAAAAUGGCAAUGUUUUUACAGUAUGUAAUCAGAGAUAUUAUAACAGAAGCAGAAAUGUCGAAAAAUUAUACAAUAUAUACGGAAUUUAUUAAAAGAUUGAAAAAUGGUACUCCUUUUUUUAGACUUUUAAUUUCCCGAUUUUUCAUGUUUUGCUGAAUAAAGUAGUAAAAAUCACAGAAAAAAUAUUAAUUUAACUGCUGAUGGAAUUAGAACACAAAAAAUGUGUAUAUUGUCCACAUGAAACAUCUGUAUUUUUGCAAAUAGUAAUUUGUUGUUUUACAACGUGUGACCAUGAAAUUACAGUCUUACUCUAUUUAAAUCUGCAAUCAAAUAUGAUUUGUAUAGAUAUUUGCUAUUAUUUUCACUGUUUUGGUUUUUCCUUUUAUUUUUUGCGUACACAGAUAUCGCAUUUAGAUAUCCCCCAAAACGUUCAGCCCUAACUGCAGGUUGAAUUCUCUAAAUGCUUACAGAAAAAGGUGCUUCAGUGCCUUCUCUUCUCGUAGCACCUCAGCUGUCCCCUCCUUUGACCUUGUGAUGUUUUUCAUUGAGGAAAAGUAUUUCUGAAAACACUGUUCAGCUGCAGCCCAUACAUUGUCCCAAAUGUCCCACCAGGGUCCAGUCGCGUCUUAAACGUCAUCAUCUUCCUGUGACAAUCAGUUCAGGACGCCGCAGUGCUACAGAAACCCUUCAGAUUGAGCUACUCUCUCAUGUAGGUGCUGAUGUUCAUCCUGCAGCCAAAGACAGAUGCUAAAAACGUUCUAAACAGCAGAGUUUCUGUCUUAUUUUAUCUCCCCUCAGCCUGACUGAAGAUCAUUUGCCUUUUUAUUGAUUUAGCGGAUCAGAUUUAACUGUUUGAUGACAGUUGGCCUUAGGUUUUGUGGUUAGUUGAAGCCUUUCUGUGCUGCUCUCUGCUGCCUUGUUCCUGCAGACCUCAUCGAGUUUCCAUCAAACUGAGUGUGUUAUGGUGUGUCCAAAGUGUCUGCCAGGUUCUGUAGAACUCCAGUGAUUUCUGUUCAAUUUUUGGCUCCCGACUCCAGGCAGGAGAGCGCUUAACCUUUCAACACUGAGUGGAAGUUGCCACUUUAUUUUUGGUUUCUUUUAGGUCUGUAAAUAAUGCUGCAAACUGCCUGGUUUUCAGAAACCAACGAAACCCAUGCAAGGAUCUCUGAACAGACAGAUUAACACAUCGACAUGGUUUGUUAAAGCGAUGGGAGAAAUGUGAGUUUCAUUUGUUUACAUUACGUUUACAAUGGCACAGUUUUAAUUUUUAAGAAUAUAUAUGUAGGUAUAGACAAUAUUUGCAUAUUUAUUGCCUAAGGUUAAAUGAUAUGAUGUGUAUUGUGUUUUCACAUUUGGAAUAUAAUGUUACAGUUGUCACCUGUAUUACUAUCUGGAUGAUUUUGGUAAAGUAGUUGAUCAUUUUUAUGACUACUAAGUGACUGUUUUCUGUGCCUUUUUAUGGUUAGAAUGCAUGGUUAACUAUUUAUUACGAUUUGGAGUCACUGAGAUGUGUAUUUUUGUAUUCUGAAUAAAUCAAUGGUCCAGCUUUUGUUGUACAUUUUUAGGUGCCUUAAAACAGGCUACCUAUUCAUAUCUCUCUUCUUCAAUAAAACCAAAUACAUAUGCA